AUGCCGCUAGAAGAUGGUUAUAUAUCGGACUCAGAGGGGUCUCUGUAUGACGAAGUAAUAACUCGGUCACUGACCGCGUACGAGCCCCCUGAUUAUGAACUGGAUCACAACUCCAGAAUACCUUUGACAAAUGAGGUACAGUCCGAGAAUCAACGACUAAACGCCGAUGUUCAACAACAGAGCGACCUGCUACUCGAAGAAUUAUCUGGAAAUGGUUUCGAGUCUGGAGCAAAUAUCGAACUUGCUCGAAAACCACAGUCAAGUAGGGAAUCCGCUACUCAAAACAAAAUUGAUCUUCCACCAGGAUCCCAAGAAGAUAGAGAGCAACCUCAAUUACCAAUAAUUCCUGACUCCAGCAUUACAACCACUAUAUCUGCUGAAAGUAGUACGUCUGACGGUUUAUCUACUGAACAUCCACAUACCGCUCAAACUUCUCUGGAAGAAAAUGAAAUAGUUAAUGCUGUUGCCAUCGUCGAGGCUAGAAGUGGUAGAAGUCUUCGUCAGCGGACAGUCUUGCAACUACACCCUUAUACAUUAGAGUAUGAGCUUUAUCGUAGAUCUUUAAAGAGUAGAGGUAUAAGGCCAGUUGUCGUUCCAAGUCAAGGUAAAUCAUCCGGCCCAGAUCCACAACUGCCACAGAAUUCAAGUUCCCAGCAAGAGACGCCAUCUCAGUCUCAACUAUAUCCAGAAAGCAUGGGCGAUGAUAUGAAUUCUGAAGAUAUUGCAUACGAGGAGAAUAACGAGACCUUUGGUACAACCUUUUCUUCUCCUCCCCCAUCUUCACCUAUUCCACCAGUUUCCCUGCCUUCCAAAACUACUAAAGGCCGAGCCGCAAAACUAAAAGCUUUAGAUCCCGACGAACACCUAUAUGCCAAUGCAUUUUCUCAAGGAAGUUCAGCUGCAAGCUCUGAGGAUGAAGCCAUUGAUCGCAUUUUGCUCGCCAAACAACGUCGCCGCAGACAACUAUUCAAGACUAUAGCACGCCCUGAGACAGAAUCGCAUUCAAGACCAAAUUCAGGUACAGACUCGGCAGAUAGCUCGAAAUUUAACUCAAGUUCAGACAGUGGCGAAUCAGAUUCCGAAUCAGAACCAGAGCUGGCUUCUGAAAUAGAGCUCCUGAAAAAGAAGGUGCGUGGUGUUCUUCCACCAUCAUUUAUUACUAUUGAUUAUACUCUGCAGCAUCAAAACAAGAACAAAACAAACAAGAAGAAGACUAAUUCAAGCACCGAGAAUAAUCAUAAGGGUGUCGCGAGAAAAAAGAUAGGAAACUCCACUCAAAGGCCAUUGUCGCCUGCUCCUUUUGGAUUCACGUCUUCUCGGACAGCUUCCCCUCCUGCAUAUACCCGGACCACACCUAAAGCACCGUCCUUAACGCCACCUGUUCUUGCAUCCCCUAUACGAACAGAUUCAGUCGAUAAUAAUCACCGCCCAAUACUAAUCUCGUCGGACGAUGACUUCGGCCUGCCGGGCCAAUUCGAGCCUUUGGACGACUUAGUCGACCCUUCUGACAUGGAGGAUGACCAUAUUGACACAAUGAAUGGUCCUUCCAAGGGCGGAUCGUCCAGGAAUCCUCAAACUAGACCCAGGAAAAGGCUCGCUCAGUCAACAAUAGACGGUAAUUCAAAAGAUACAAGAUAUAAGCAUAAAAGGCCUAGGGGCAGUGUUAGACACACAAACCACCAGACAAGGAUCACUGGUAAAUCGACUAAGAGACGGCCCCAAGGGCAUCAUAAUUCCAAAGUGACAGCUGAGGCCAGGCAAAGUCAGAAUUCUACUACUCAGCAAAUGAGCAUUGUUGAUCUCAUUGAUAAUUCUACUUCUACCGAACGUAAUAAUAUGCCAAGGUUUUCACUGAUUGCACAGAGAAGUGCUCUUUUGAAGGCUCAUGAACAACGCUUGGAUUCUCCGACUCACAAAUAUAUUGUUAUCAAUGAUGGCGACGAGUCGCACCCAGAACUCAAAACACUGAAGCGGUGGAAGAGGGGUCGUUUAAGACAAACAAACAAACUUGGUUCCUAUAGCAAUGUGCGACAGCACCAUCAGAGUGUUCGUAGUGAUAACAAUUACAGGACUGCUCCUACAUCUGUUCGAGAAAGAAAGGAACAGAGUAAGCCCAGGAGAAAGUUGCCUACUCAACUGCUUACAAAGAAGAACCCAAGUUUAUCUGUGGUUUCUCGGGGAAAUUCCUACUAUCAGUCGAAAUCUCCCCAGUUUAGAACCACCAUCAUUGAAAUUGAGAGCGGAGAAUAUUCGGUAGCCAAGCCUAUGAAUAGCGUAAGACCAAAGCAAUACCCAGCUUUAUCCCCAUUACAGUCAAUAUCGCCUGGAAUGCGUCCAAUGUAUCCUCUCCGGCAUGAAAAUCUCCCAAGAACCCACUCAAAUUCGUCACUUUCUUUUGCAUCCUCUAGACCUGAAGUGGAAAACAACCGUGUUACACGAGAAUAUAAGAGCAAGAAGCAAAUCCUACGGCCACCGCAGAGGAGAACGGAAUACGAUGAUACACAGCUUGUGGGUGACAUGGACCACCUGCAGCCAAUAACAUCCCUUGUAGGUGCUCCCCAUUUGUCGUCAAUGGAUGCAGUACCCAAUCGCCCCUUUCAGGGCCGAAGGUUUUACUCAUAUCAAUUCGACGUCCAACCAUUUGCUCAUGAUGUGGUUUUUGCCACUGAUACUAUUGUCUACAAUUGUGUAGUACAGAGGCCUUUGGGGUCUAAGAGGGAUGCUAUUUUUCUAGGCAAUGGCAUAGGACUCGUUGAGGCUAAAGUUGAAGACCAUGGAUUGAGAAUUCCAAAAAUAUCAGAAGCAUACAAUAGAUUUCAUAUUUGGAUCGAAGACUGCCUCUCUCCUGAGGUAGCAUCUAAAGACUACUCUCUAGAUGUCUAUGAGUUUUUCCUCUUUGUUCUACCACUUGUUUCUGACGGAAAUUCACCUAGUUACGACCAGGACUUUGUCAAGGAACUUUCUAGGUUAACUCUAGGGCUGGUAGCUGAUAUUUUGGAUGUAUGGUCUAGACCCUUUGCCAAUACAAAAAUGAGUACCGCCUCUUCAGAGUUUGCCCAACUUACAUUUACCACCGCUUCCCUAUGCCUGCUUCUCCUUCACCGGCUAAAGGAUUUGCUCAAGACAGACCCAACUACUAUGUAUAGUCAUUCUAAUGCCAUCAGGAACCUUGGAGGCAAGCUGGUGCAACUUAUAGUAAGUAACUUUCUACCUGAGGUGAGCAAUAUCAUGAGAUCACACAGAAGCACGUCGAAUAGAGUUAUUACCAGGACAAGCUAUAUUCUGGAAAUAAUUUAUAUCGCUAUCCAUGUUUUGGACAAUGAAGUCAAAGGCGAUGGAUUUUAUGAUAUGUUGAACAGUGUCAUUACACUUCCCCAGCUCUUGCGUAAUCCCGAAGAUUUAGACUCAGUGGAACGUGUGUGGCAUUCAGUUUUCAUAUUUUCGGCAGUAUAUAAGCUUCCAAAGUUAACACUGCAAUCAAACUGGAAGUUAGUAAACAUAUUGCAAGGUCUGACAUUGACAACUUUCGAUAGCCCUGGGCAGCAAACGUUGGCCAUUCCCUACCAGCGAGUAUUUUUAGUUCGGUGCUUGAAAUUGGCAACAGAUUGGAAAUGGGAAAACAAUCCUGCAUUGUGCAUUUCUAUUUACAAAUUUUUUGCUGGCCGAAGAUUUUCAAACAUUGAACCCUCCGUUCCCUCUGGAUUAUCGCCGUUUUUGUCGAAUGGAAAUUUCACUGAAGUCGUGACCACCGACUCUGCAUAUAAUAUCUUCUUAAAGCUUGUAGCUUGGACAAUAUGCUUUUUCCAGGGUGACGAUAAUAGGCUCAGAAAAUUCAUUGGUAUCCUCACUCCUCUCAAUGGUCGCUUGUACCCUAUGUCAUCAGGACUAAAGGUUACAGAUUUAGACGCACUGGGUAACCAGUAUUCACUCUUGUUGGUCCAAUUCAAAUAUGGUCGUCCUAGCACUCGUCCCACCAUUGAUCAUUUCAGAUCAUUCAUAGUGCUAGAACAAUCGCACAUAUUAGCGAGAAAUCUAAGUUUAGAGGCAUGGUUUGUGGUGACGAAACUCCUGCUUGAGCAAGAUAUGGACCUCGAUGACACUAUGAAAUGGUUCGCAGAGAUUGUGGACAGUGCCCUGAAAGAUACACGAAAAACGGGAAGAUACACCUCAAACCUCGAACGAGAACUUGAUUACCAGAACGUAGUAACUUAUCAAAAGUUCUUUGAGAAAGCGGUAGUUUCCAUAGACAAACUGGUUUCCAACCAAGCGGUGAUUUCGAAAUCCCGUCAGUGGAUGAAUCUUCUAACUCCUUGUAAGUAUAGACAAAUUCCUUGA